ACGUCUUGCGUAAGGCGCGUCUUUACGUGGGCGCCUGCCCCUUUAAUUACGCCCCUGUCGGAGGCUGAAACACUUAAGGCUUCCGGGCAUGCGCACAGCGUUGUGUAAAUGAAUGCCUUCCACUGAACCGAGGCACUAUUAUAGAAGAAUGGAAGAAGAUACAGAUUAUAGAAUCAGGUUUAGUUCUUUGUGUUUCUUUAAUGAUCAUGUUGGAUUUCAUGGCACUAUGAAAAGCUCACCAAGUGACUUUAUUGUUACUGAAAUUGAUGAACAGGGACAGUUAGUUAAUAAGACCAUCGAUGAGCCUAUUUUCAAGAUUAGUGAAACACAACCUGAGCCAAAUAAUUUUCCCAAAAAACCAAAACUAGAUCUUCAAAAUCUGUCCUUUGAAGAUGGAAGAAACCAAGAAGUUAAUACUUUGAUUAAGUACACUGAUGGUGACCAAAAUCAUCAGUCUGGUUCAGAAAGGGAAGAUACUAUCGUUGAUGGAACUUCCAAAUGUGAAGAAAAAGCUGAUGUUUUAAGCUCGUUUUUGGAUGAAAAAACUCAUGAGUUACUGAAUAAUUUUGCCUGUGAUAUAAAAGAGAAGUGGCUUUCUAAAACAGAGCUAACUGGACUACCUCCUGAAUUCUCAAUAGGCAGAAUCCUUGACAGAAACCAGAGGGCUAGUUUACACAGUGCCAUUAGGCAGAAAUUUCCAUUUUUAAUAACUGUAGGAAAAAACAGUGAAAUUGUUGUAAAACCAAAUCUUGAGUAUAAAGAACUUUGUCAUUUGGUAUCUGAAGAGGAAGCAUUUGACUUUUUUAAAUAUUUGGAUGCAAAGAAAGAAAAUUCCAAAUUUACCUUUAAACCUGAUGCAAACAAAGACCACAGAAAAGCUGUCCACCAUUUUGUCAACAAAAAGUUUGGAAACCUUGUGGAAACCAAAUCUUUUUCUGAAAUGAAUUGCAGUGCUGGUAAUCCGAAUGUGGUGGUAACAGUAAGAUUUCGGGAAAAAGCACACAAGCGUGGGAAAAGGCCUCUUUCUGAAUGCCAAGAAGGAAAAGUUAUAUAUACAGCUUUUACCCUACGAAAGGAAAACCUGGAAAUGUUUGAAGCAAUUGGUUUUUUAGCUAUCAAACUUGGUGUUAUUCCUUCGGAUUUUAGUUAUGCAGGCCUUAAAGACAAGAAAGCCAUCACCUAUCAAGCAAUGGUUGUUAGAAAAGUGACUCCAGAGAGGUUGAAAAAUAUUGAAAAAGAAAUUGAAAAGAAAAGAAUGAAUGUCUUUAAUAUUCGGUCUGUAGAUGAUUCCCUGAGACUUGGUCAGCUCAAAGGAAAUCACUUUGAUAUUGUCAUUAGAAAUUUAAAAAAACAAAUAAAUGAUUCUGCAAACCUGAGAGAGAGAAUUAUGGAAGCGAUAGAAAAUGUUAAGAAAAAAGGCUUUGUGAAUUACUAUGGACCACAGAGAUUUGGGAAGGGAAGGAAAGUUCACACAGACCAAAUUGGACUAGCUUUGCUGAAGAAUGAAAUGAUGAAAGCCAUAAAAUUGUUUCUUACACCAGAAGACUUGGAUGAUCCUGUAAAUAGAGCAAAGAAGUAUUUUCUUCAAACUGAGGAUGCUAAAGGCACGCUUUCAUUAAUGCCUGAAUUCAAAGUGCGCGAGAGAGCAUUGUUGGAGGCAUUGCACCGCUUUGGCAUGACCGAGGAAGGUUGUAUCCAGGCAUGGUUCUGUUUACCCCAUUCCAUGCGCAUAUUCUAUGUUCACGCAUAUACCAGCAAAAUUUGGAAUGAGGCAGUAUCUUACAGACUUGAAACCUAUGGAGCAAGAGUAGUGCAGGGUGAUUUGGUCUGUUUGGAUGAAGAUAUUGAUGACGAGAAUUUCCCAAAUAGUAAAAUUCACCUGGUAACUGAAGAGGAAGGAUCAGCUAAUAUGUAUGCAAUACAUCAGGUGGUUCUUCCAAUACUUGGAUACAAUAUUCAGUACCCAAAGAACAAAGUAGGGCAGUGGUACCAUGACAUACUUAGCAGAGAUGGACUACAGACAUGUAGGUUUAAAGUACCUACUCUGAAACUGAAUGUACCAGGAUGCUAUAGACAGAUUUUGAAACAUCCCCGUAAUCUCUCAUACCAACUAAUGGAAGAUCAUGACAUUGAUGUCAAAACUAAAGGUUCCCACAUUGAUGAAACAGGAGCUGGAGACACAGAAAUGAACAAGACAGAGAAUGAUCCUUCUAGUGAAGAUGGUGGGAGGGGGCUGGUAAACAAUAAACAAGAGAGCUUGUAUCGCUCCACCCCCAGCUCCAGUUGGCUCAGAACAGAGGAGAGAGAGAGAGAGAGAGAAUUUGUUUGACAGAAAGUAAGGGAAGAGAAUGACAGUCUCUGCCUGGUAAUCCAGGGAAAUCUUCUGGACCUUUCCAAGACCAUCAAGGCAGCAUCUCUGUGAGUCUUCAAGAAGCACAAUAUUAAAGGGCAUGUGGUGCCCCUUAACGCAGAUUCAGCUUAGAUCGCAAUACCCACAUCAUUUCAAACAUCUGGAAAGACUUCCCAAGAAGGAUAAAUAUAAACAAGCCCAGAAUGAGAAGACUACAAUAAGUCCCUAACGCUUUAAUGCUCAGACACAGACAAACAUCUACAAGUUUUAAUACCAUCUAGGAAAACAUGACCACACCAAAUAAACUAAAUAAGGAACCAGGGACCAAUUCUGGAGAAACAGAGAUAUUUUACCUUUCAGAUAGAGAAUUCAAAAUAGCUGUGUUGCGGAAACUAAAAGAAAUUAAAGAUAACACAAAAGGAAUUCAGAAUUCUAUCAGAAAAAUUUUAUCAGACAAAUCCGAUAGACAAAUUUUAUUAGAACCAGGGAGCAAUUCUGGAGAAACAGGAUAUCUGACAUUUCAGACAGAGAAUUCAAAAUAGCUGUGUUGAGGAAACUCAAAGAAAUUCAAGAUAACACAGAGAAGGAAUUCAGAAUUCUAUCAGACAAAUUUAACAAAGAGAUUGAAAUAAUUAAAAAGAAUCAAGCAGAAUUCUGGAUCAUAAAAAUGUAAUUGGCAUAUUGAAGAAUGGAUCAGAUUCUUUUUAAUAGCAGAAUUGAUCAAGCAGGAGAAAGAAUCCAUGAGCUUGAAGACAGGAUAUUUAAAAAUACACAGUCAAAGGAGAUAAAAGAAAAAAACAAUAAAAAUAAUGAAGUAUGCCUUCAGAAUCUGGAAAGUAGAGUUAAAAGAGCAAAUCUAAGAGUAAUUGGUUGUAAAAAGGGAUAGAGAAAGAGAUAGGGGCUGAAAGUUUAUUCAAAGACAUAAUAACAGAGAUCUUCCCAAACCUAGAGAAAGACAUCAAUUUCCAAGUACAAGAAGGUUAUCAAACACCAGGCAGAUUUAACCCAGAGGAUACUACCUCAAGGCAUUUAAUAAUCAAACUCCCAAAAGUCAAGAAUAAAGAAAUAAUCCUAAAAGCAGCAAGAGAAAAGAAACAAAUAAUAUACAAUAGAACUCCACUACAUCUGGCAGCAAACUCUUCAGUGGAAAGCUUAUAGGCCAGGAGAGAGUGGCAUGACACAUUUAAAGUACUGGAAGAAAAAAAUUUUAAACCAGAAUAGUAUAUCUGGCAAAAAUAUCCUUCAAACUUGAAGGAGAAAUAAAGACUUUCUAAGACAAAUAAAAGCUGAGGGAUUUCAUCAACACCAGACCUGCCCUACAAGAAAUGCUGAAGAGAGUAUUUCAAUGACAAAUAAAAGGAUGUUAAUGAGUAUUAAGAAAUCCUUUGAAGGUAGAAAACUCACUGGUAAUACAAAAGCACACAGUAAAAUGCAGAAUAUUAUAACACUGUAACUGUGGCUUGAAAACUACUUUUAUCUCAAGUAGAAAGACUAAACAAUGAACAAAUAAAAAAUAAUAACUACAACAACUUCUCAAGACACAGGUAGUACAGUAAGCUAUAAAUAGAAACAACAAUAGUUAAAAAGUUGGGGGACAAACUUAAAGAGUAGAGCCUUUAGUAGUUUUCUUUUUCAUGUUUGUUUGCUUAUGCCAACAGGGUUAAGUUGUUAUCAGUUUAAAAUCAUGUGUUAUAAGAUAGUAUUUGCAAGCCUUGUGGUAACCUUAAAUAAAGAAAUAUACGAUGAAUACACAAAAAAUAAAAAGAAAGAAAUUAAGUCACAUCACCAGAGAAAAAUCACCAUCACUAAAAGGAAGAAAGUAUAAAAGAGAGAAAGAAAGACCAAAAAACAACCAGAAAACAAAUAACCAAAGGCAAGAGUAAGUCCUUACUUAUCAAUAAUAACAUUGAAUGUGUAUGGACUAAACUCUCCAAUCAAAAGACAUAGACUGGCUGAAUGGACAAAAAAAAAUACCCAAUGAUAUGUUGCCUACAAGAAACACACUUCACCUAUAAAGACACACAUAGACUGAAAAUAAAAGGAUAGAAAAAGAUAUUCCAUGCCAAUGGAAAUCAUACAAAAGAAGGAGUAGCUAUACUCAUAUCAGACAAAACAGAUUUCAGGACCAAAACUAUUGACAAAAAAGGCUACUAUAUAAUGAUAAAGAAGUCAGUUCAGCAAGAGGAUAUAAUUGUAAAUCUAUAUGUACCCAACAAUGGAGCACCCAGACAUAUAAAGCAAAUAUUAUUAGAGCUGAAGACAGAGAUAGAGCUGAAUUUAAUAAUAGCUGGAGACAUCAAUACUUCACUUUCAGCAUUGGACGGAUCUUCCAGACAGAAAAUCAAUAAAGAAACAUCAAACUUAAUCUGCACUGUAGACCAAAUGGACCUAACAGAUAUUUACUGAACAUUUCCUUCAACAGCUGCAGAAUAAACAUUCUUUUCCUCAGCACAUGGAUCAUUCUCAAGGAUAGAUCAUAUGUUAGGUCACAAAAUAAGUCUUAAAGCAUUCAAAAAAUUGAAUUAUCUAGCAUCUUCUCUGAUUACAAUGGAAUAAAACUAAAAAUCAAUAAUGAGGAAUUUUGGAAACUGUACAAAUACAUGGAAAUUAAACAGUAUGCUCCUGAAUUACCAGUGGAUCAAUGGAGAAAUUAAAUAGGAAAUUGAAAAUUUUCUUGAAAUAGCAAUUGUAAGGCAUUGAACUCAGUGCUGUCCUGUUAGACCAAACUCACUUGAUUGAUGUCUACCCACAGACAAAGCAUUUAAACCAGCUCUAGCCAGAGGGACAUCGCAGAUCCCUCUGGACUUGAGUUCCCACAAACCUUGCCACUGAGGGCCAAAGUGCUCCCAGUCUCUAAAUAAACUUGAAAGGCAGUCUAGGCCAUAAGGACUGCAGCUCUUAGGCAAGUCCUAGAGCACUUGGCCCAGAGACAGUGGACUGGGGUUACAUGUGACAUACUGAGACACUAGCUGGGGUAGCCAAAGGAGUGCCGGCAUUACUCCUCCCUUAAGUCCAGUCUGCACAGCUCAGGGCUCCAAGAGACAUUCUCCUGUUUGAGAAGAGGAGAGGGAAAAGUGGGGAGGACUUUGUUUUGCAUCUUUGGUACCAGCUCAACCACAGCAGGGUAGGGCACUGGUCAGAAUCAUGAGGCCCCUUUUCCAGGUCCUAGCUCCCAGAUGACAUUUCUAGACACACUCUGGGCCAGAAGGGAACCUGUUACCUUGAAGGAAAGGACCCUGUCCUACCAGCCGAGAUUGGGCCACUGUACUCCAGCCUGGGUGACACUAGUGAGACCCUGUCUCAAAAAAAAAAAAAAAAAAAAAAGGACUCCAUGAAGAAACUAUUAGAGCUGAUAAACAAAUUCAGUAAAGUUGCGGGAUAUGAAAUCAACAUGCAAAAAUCAGUAGCAUAGCCUUUCUUCCUUUCUUUUCUUUUCUUUUCUUUUUUUUUUUUUUUAGCUUGAAGGAGAAGGGAGUUUAAUAGGCAAGAAAGAAGGGGGAAGAAAAAAUAAGAAGCUCUCCUUUACAGAGACAGAGGGAGGGGGACUCCAAAGCCGAGAGACAGAACCCCACCUGCCACUGCCCUUGUGCAGAGGCUGGAGGAGGCGGUGUCUGUUUUUCACAGGGCUCAGGGGAUUGGUUCGACUAGGCAUGUCAUUCACAUAGCAGGUGAAAAAGCUGGCCCUUUCACCCUAGCCUUUUAAUAUGCCAGUGGAGGACGCCAUGAUGUUCUCCACACGUGGGGAUAUGUGAGGGAAGCCAUGUUGUCAGGAACAUGCGGGGCAAGGGCAAGAAGGCCGUGGGAAUCUCCAUGUUGGGUGACCCAGUUUCUAACAGCUGGCAUUUGCAUAUUAAAGGUUGCUGGCCUGGCUCUAAGAGCCGGGGCUUUACAAGAAACUUUUCCGGAGAUGCUUUAAAAAAUGAAAACUUCCCAAGACCCCUUUUUCUCUCUAUUUGCCUAAAAUAAUUUCUUAAUAAUUUCUUAAUAACUCUUACAACAUUCCUCCCUGUGGAGAUGCCACACUGACAGCUGUUAGGGUGUUUUGGGGGAUGACUCUUUCUGGCUACUUCCUGCUGAAAAGGGGUGUUGAAUGGGGAACAGCAGCUAGGGCUCCUCCUGGGGUUGAUUUAAGGGUCCUCGGAAGAAUGGCAUGUCCAUGUGUGGUUCAGUUUGCAGCACCAUUUGGAGUUUGAUUGCUUCUAGGCGAGAAGAAACAAUUCAAGUUAUAGUAUUGAGUAUACAAGGUCUAGAUAUUAAUACAAGACAUAUAAGCAAGAGAGGGCUUAAUAAAGUGACUAACCAAUUCCAUAAAGAAGACUGGAAUUCAUUAAAGAGGGAUUGUAGCCACCCAGGGCUGGAGCUGGCAUUUUCCCUGAGCCUGUUAAUAAUUUUGAUUUGAUUUUUAAGUACUUGUAGAUUUUCCUUUACUUUACUAGAGGUGUUAAUCCAAAAGCAGCAUGUUUCAUUUAAAAGUGCAUCAGUAAAUUCAAUAAAAAGUCCUGGCAGACUUAAUGAUAGUAAAACUUUUAUGCUUCCUUUUUGUUUGUAACUAUUAUCCCGGUUAUAAGGUUAAUAAUUAAGCAAAAUACGACAGCAAUGGAAACUCUGUGUCCAAUAUUUUAGUUAGAAGUGCCACCUUGUAUAACCCUAUUGCAAAUAGUAGAGUGAGUACAGCAAUUCUCACAAGUGUGGUGUAGUAAAUAAUUUCCAUUUAAAAGUUUAUUUGCCAAGAUACAGAAUUUUCCUUUGGGGGGUCUAUGAAGUUCCU